AUUCUGUAAACAACAAGGAGAUCAUAUAAUUGAGUUCAAAGUAUCCAUGUGCAAUACCUUGUUUGAUUCCGCCAUGAUCAGUAUCGUUCAAUGCUGUUCAGUUGCGUUCAGUGUGUUUCGGAACGUCAAUCGGUCAAUUUAGAGUGGCUUUUUAUCAUAACCUUGUAUAUGUAUUCAUGUACAUUACAUGAUACUCUGAGAACAAAACUCUUUUGAGGAGGAAGAGCAACCGAUUGAAGUCAAAUAUGAGUCGCGUGGAUUUAAAAGUCGUAUUACUGGGUAACGCGAUGGUGGGAAAGACGAGUCUCAUGGAAAGAUAUGUACACGACUCGUUUAACGGCAAUAGACCCUAUCAGAAUACAAUAGGCACUGUGUUUGCAGCGAAGCGAGUGCAAGUGAACGAUGUGACACUUAUUAUGGGAAUAUGGGAUACUGCAGGCAGUGAGAAGUAUGACGCAAUGACUAGAACGUAUUAUCGUGGUGCCAAAGCUGCCAUAGUGUGUUAUGAUAUUACAAAAUCGAGUACGUUCCAAAGAGCAAAGCAUUGGGUAAGAGAACUUAGAAGCAUUGAAGAGAAUUGUAAAGUAUAUCUUUGUGCCACCAAGAAGGAUUUGUGCGAUGAAGGUUUUGUAUCAGACGAUCCAGAUAUACAAAGUGUUGUAGAGAGGUAUGCGAGUGGUACACAGACCAAACUUUUCGUAACGUCUAGUAAAACGGGAGAGAACGUAGCCGAAUUGUUCGAUGAAAUUAUACAAGAUUUCGUAUCCAAUCCUGAAAAUUUGCAAAAGGUAGAAGAAGCAAUUGUUCUAAGCAAAAAAACUGGGGAAAGAUGUACUAGAUAACAUAAUUCUGGUCUUUGCAACAUCUAAUGGCGUCGUUAUGGCGGCUGAUAUAGCAACUGAAAAAUAAAAAAAAAAUUAAAAAUCUCAUAUAAGUAA